UCAUUGACAAAACAAGAACACCCCUAACAUACAAUCCAUUUCCAUCUUUCCUCCCAGAUUAUGCGUUUGAUUGCAGAUAUGAGAGUUUCAAAAGUAGCCCCUUCAGUUUCUUAUAUAUCAUUUUUAGCUCUCUAUUUUUCUUUUUACACAAUAACAACAAUUUCUUCGACCUCCCUACCAGAUGAAAACUUCAUCAAAUGUCUCAACAAAAACACAUAUGUUGAUUUUUCACUCGAGAAAACGUUCUUCACUCCUCAGAAAAACGCGUCGACCUUUAUCAAAGUCCUUGAAUCGACGGCUCGAAAUUACCGAUUCUUGACCAAUUCAACACCUAAACCAAGUUUCAUAUUUACACCGGUUCACGAAUCUCACGUCCAAGCUUCCAUCAUAUGUUCCAAGAAACUUGGAAUCCAUCUUCGUGUUAGAAGCGGCGGUCACGAUUUUGAAGCCGUGUCUUAUGUUUCACAGAUAGAAACACCAUUUGUAUUGCUCGAUAUGUCGAAAUUGAGACAGAUCAAUGUUGAUAUUGAAGACAGCAGUGCUUGGGUUCAAGCUGGUGCUACACUCGGUGAGGUUUACUACAGAAUUGCAGAGAAGAGCAAGAUCCAUGGGUUCCCAGCGGGUUUGUGCUCAACCGUAGGCGUAGGUGGAUACAUAACUGGAGGUGGAUAUGGUGCCUUGAUGAGAAAGUAUGGUCUUGGUGCUGAUAAUGUUCUAGACGCAAAGAUCGUUGAUGCUAAUGGUAAAUUACUCGACAGAAGCUCGAUGGGUGAUGAUUUGUUUUGGGCGAUAAGAGGAGGCGGUGGAGGGAGUUUUGGGAUAAUUCUAGCAUGGAAGCUCAAGCUUGUUCCUGUUCCUGAAACCCUAACCAUCUUCAGCGUUACCAAGACAUUAGAACAAGACCCUGACUUCAAGACUCUUUCUAAGUGGCAACAUAUUGCAGACAAGCUUGUUGAAGAGCUCUUCAUACGAGUGGUGAUCAGAGCCAGUGGAAACAAUACGGUGGAAGCAUCGUACAGAGGUCAGUUUCUUGGGGAAAAAGGGACUUUGAUUGAGAUCAUGAAAAAGGAUUUUCCGGAGCUAGGGCUAACUCAGAAGGAUUGUACCGAAAUGAGAUGGAUUGAAACCAUUAUUUUCAAUGGUGAAUUUCCAACUGGUACUCCUAUUGAGUCUUUGAUUCAAGUGAAGUCACCUUUAGUGAAUCCUUCCUUCAAAUCAAAGGGAGAUAUCGUGAAGAAACCUAUCCCUGCUUUAGCUCUGAAAGGAAUUUUCAAGAGAAUGGUUCAACAAGUGCCUGGUACAUUUGUUGCUUUUACUCCUUACGGUGGAAUGAUGGCUAAAAUCUCUGAAUCCGAGAUCCCUUUCCCGCAUAGAAGCGGAACCAUCUUCAAGAUUCUCUAUAAUGCAAACACUGGGAAUAGACCCAGCAGUCAAAUUAACUGGAUCAGAGAGCUGUACAGUUUCAUGACGCCUUAUGUCUCAAGCAAUCCAAGACAAUCUUAUGUGAACUACAGAGACCUAGACCUGGGACAGAACACGAGAAACUCGACAUCUAACUUCAAAAAUGCUCAAAUCUGGGGAGCUAAGUACUUCAAAGGAAAUUUCGAAAGAUUGGUGAGGAUUAAAUCAAAGGUUGAUCCAGAUAACAUCUUCAGACACGAGCAGAGCAUCCCAACUCUGCCCGUUCAAAGUUAAACUCAUGAUACAACCAUAUGUAAAAUACGAAUAAAGUUAUAUUGAUUCACUAGCUUAAGAACAUGCAAUAAACAUUAUAAACUAGAAGAAAUUCGAGCAAAGGUUCUUCCGUAUUUCAGAAAA